GUUGCUUCGAAAUUUUUAGAUCUGAGGGUUUCUUCCGAAGCUUAGAGACGCCGACGAGGCCCAGGAACUAGGGUUUCUUGAGAUCGCGCCAUACACUCUUUCUGAAACACAAUUUGUUCGGCUUUUCUUUCACUGUCGAUUGACUUUGCGAUUCCAAGUAUACAAUACGAUUCUUCUGAUAAUCGAAGAUGUCUAGGUGCUUCCCUUUCCCGCGUCCGGGGUAUAUGAGGAAUGGGUCAUGUAGCGAGGAUUUGAUCAAAUCGAUUAAGCUCCAGAAAGAGAGGGAUGAAGCCAAGGAACAACGGAAGAAAGACAAGAGAAAGAAAAAGGAAAAAAGAAAAGAGAGGAAAGAAAGAAAAGAAAAGGAAGCAAACGCGACGCAUCACUGUGAUAGUAAUGGGAAAGAGUGUGAGCUCAAGAAAAUGGAAGCCUACCAGCUGGAGAAAAUCAGAUCAGAGCAAGGCAGUGGCUGUUUGCGAAAGGUUGGUGAUGAUGAUAAUGAGCAAAUUGAAAGGAGUGGUAUCACGGAGGAACAUGAUCAGCCUUUCUCAACUGAGCCUUGCUGCUUGUCAGACAGUACUCAAAGCAGUAACAAGAGGAAAAGAAGCUCCUCGCCAUCACGUAAUGAUCAUGGAACUGCUAUUAAAAUCAGAUUGCCAUUGAAAAAACACAGAGAACAUGAAGAAUUGCCACAAGAUUAUCGCGCAGCGUCCAUUGGAAGUAAAGGAAUUGCGAACUCGAACACCGAAGAUUCACGCCAUCAAUACCAGGGGUUGAGAAACUCCGGAUCAGAGCAUAACGGAUACCAAGAUUUAAUCCGUGCUCGAGUGGAGGAUCCAACCACCAAUUCGAUUGAUAGCAAACGUGGGAGGAUGGCAUCCCUUUAUAAUUCGUUGUUUCAGAAUUGGAACUCUUGUGCGCUCCAACUCGAGGGAUUCGAGUUAGAGGAUCAGGAUUGGCUGUCAACAUCAGAACGGCAAGAGCAAACGCAGGCAACAGACAAAGCGAAAUCUUUGAACGAUGCCUUGGGGUGUUCUAGUUUAUCUCUCUGGCCUCGUGCUCAAUAUUUACCCGAAGCUGAUAUCUAUGGAUUGCCAUACACCGUACCGUUUUGAUUUUUUGAUUCUUUCGCGGCUUCUUUCGAGUUGUUAAAUGACAAUCCCUUACAGGGAGCUACGUUGCAGAAAGUUUUCAACUACAAGUGCUGCAAUUAAUUUUCAAUCGAGAAAAAGCACUGAGGUUGAGUCGCUGAUAGUCUGUAUAUAUAUUUAGUAACGUCACCACCAAAUCUUGCAGAUAUUGAUAUAAGGAAAACCAAGUAGGUCAAUAUGCCAUGAAGGGCUAGAAUUAGAUGUUAAAAAAAAUUGAUGUAUAACUUUGCAAUCAAGGUGAUUAUGGCAGUGUGACCGGAUUAUCUUCCGUAGCAUUGUUUGUUUA